AACAUAAUAUGCCCAAUCAACAAACUUUAAUAAAUUCGGCAACUCUUUUGUUUUAUCGUUUAAUGAUUGGGACGCUAAUGAAAUAAUUAUUGGCAAAGAUAUUUUUAUAUUGUUCAAUAUUAAACAUAGCAACACGGGCGGUGUCAAUGAAGUUUGACAGUUCUUUUUUAUUCAUAUUUGUCGCUUGGACAGGCUGGGGGAAAAUAUAUGUUUAGUCAUAAUGAAUACAAAAGAUAUUUAUAUGUUCUUUUAAAAUUAAAACAUAAUUAUUUCGAGUUAUGAAACUGGCAUGAAAAUGAAGUUUAUAGUGCAUAUAGGAUUUCUUGUUGCAUUGUUAGGAUUAUGUUUCCAGUCUAUGAAUGCCCAAAAUUUAAAUCUACAAUGUUCUGAAGGUUGGGAUUAUUUGUACGGGAAAUGUUAUCUUGUAGUACCAGUAAAACGCACGUGGAAUCGUGCACGCGAGUUUUGCAAUAAAUACGGUGCCGUUCUAGCAGAGCCGAGUGGUAUUGAACUGACCAACACAUUAUAUGACCAGGCCCAUGUGAAAAAUAUAGACGAAUUCUGGAUAGGAUACAACAGAAUCAGUUCUGACACCUCGCCAGAUUAUGAGGCAACAUGGAGCGAUGGACGACUUACUGGGGUUGAAGUAGGGGUAUGGGCACCUUUUCAACCUGACGUCACUUCCGGUAAAUGUACUUUCGUUGGAAACCCAUGGAAUGCAGACGACGCUCAGAAACGAUGGUACAUGACGUCAUGUAAUCAUGUGAAACCGUUUGUUUGUGAAAGAUUACCUUGCCCAAGCGAUACAUUCGCCUGCAGUAAUGGUCGCUGUGUUGGUGAAUCAACUAUAUGUAAUUCUGCCAAUGAUUGCGGGGAUAACUCGGACGAACAACAUUGUCCAUUAUAUUGCUCAGAGAAGCUGUUAGGAGACAGUGGUAGUUUCGAAGUUUCCACGACUACAUAUUACAGAUCAAAUCGAGACUGUUUGUUUACAAUUGAAGUUGAAGUAGGAAAAAGAGUACAGAUUCAUUUCGAUAUAUUCGACAUUGAAGAAAACCUGGAUGUCCUUGAAAUUUGGGAUGGCGGACCCACAAUCCUCAGUAGUCAGUUGAUAGCACGGAUUUCCGGUCAGAAUCCAGGUCAAUAUGGAAGCUAUAUUAGCAGUACACAUCAUCUACUAUUGAGAUUUCUCACCGACAGCUCCAUACAAAAACAAGGAUUCAGAUUUUCAUGGAAAACAGAUUUUUCAUGCGAAAUCCUGCAACAGACGGGGUUUGAUGUAUUAUCAACUACUAGCGGAUACGAUAAACGACUUACACCUAGACAAGAUGUAAAUGACUGCAUCAGUGAAUGUGAUAAAAGCAGCCAAUGUUGGGGUUUCCGGUAUGACAUCACGGAAGUGACGAAUCCAAAAUGUUUCAUGAUCACGGAAGCACCGAUUUUAAUGGAGAGCACAUGUUGCAAUGUUUAUAUAAAGACGUGUCCUUUGACGUCAAGAGUAACAUCAAUAGGAAACAUACCAAUGUCAAACUCUAGUUUGGUGGCCACCUCAACACCGGGCGACAUCUUUACUCCCAUGUACCCUUACAGAUACGUCGGAAAUUAUGAACAUACCUUUCUAAUCACAGUUUCUGGCAAUAAGUUAAUAACUUUGCAGAUUUUAACGGUCGAUCUUUGUUGUACCGAUAAUAUUGCUAUAUACGACGGUCAGGGACCAGAAAAUCCUUUACUGAUGCUAGUUGAAAAAGAAUCGGAGCCGUCAUAUGUCACUUCAACGGGGAACUACAUGUAUGUGCAUAUGACAUUGUUACAGCACUGGAACUGCAAGGGUGUUCUCAUGAAAUAUUUUGAAGGUUGUGAUGUGUCGAUCAGUGCAGAUUCUGGGCAGAUCAGAUCACCUGGUUUUAAUGUAAACCCAUAUCCUGAUAUAAUGAUUUGUUCCUGGUUAAUCAAUCCACCGUCAGACAAAAGUGUUAGACUGUUCUUUACUGACUUUCAAACUGAGCUAGACAAGGACUUGGUAAAGAUUUUUAAAGGAUUGAAUGGCCAAGGUGAGGCUGUACACCAAGGAGCAGGAUAUUCUGGUACCCAACUACCGGACACUCUGACGUCAACCAACGGAUUCUUCAUAACAUUCGAGACAAGUGGAACCAAUAAUUUUCGCGGAUUUCAGGCCACAUUUUCUGCAGGGUGUCCAAAGUUGGAUACAGUGUCGUUCGUGCUGGAUCCGGUGUCUGAUAGUUUUCACGCUCCAGAUACAGUAGUUGUGACGUGUGCGGAGGGAUAUUUGUUUGGCGGAGGAUUUAAAGGAGAACCAUCUGUUACUUUAACAUGCCAGGGUGAUGGGACCUGGAACUUGCAUAAUCUUCCCUUCUGCGAACGGCAAUACUGCGGACUUGCAAAAGACAUACCAAAUGGUUACUUUGUCACCGCCUCCGGUGUGCAAGGUGGUGACGUCAUACAGUAUGAUUGUAACGAAGGUUUUACAAUGGAGGGAAACAAGCUAGUGACGUGUCUCAGUAACAGUUCGUGGGGUGUUCUGCCGCAGUGUACAGCGACGGAAUGUUCCGCUGUCGGAACGAUCGUUGCCAAUGCAACGUUUACAAAUAUGAAAGGAGAUGGAAUCCAGCAUGCGUCAGUUGUGAAAGUUACGUGUGACCAAUACUUUGAUCUGAUUGGUCCUGAGACAAUAACUUGCAAUCAGGGACAAUGGCAGAGCGAACUUCCUCAAUGUCAGUCCAUGCCAUGUGCCUUGACAACAUUCUGGAAUGCGAACGUGAACAUGUCACAGAGUUUUGUUAUGAACAGUGUCAUCAAAGUGAAAUGUAACCCAGGAUACUCAUUGAGUGGUGGACUCGAAACCGAGGGAUCAUUUAGAUGUGGUGUCGACGAACAGCUUCAAUGUGAGAACAUAGACGAAUGUAAUCUUGGAUUGGACGACUGUGUUAACGCCGAGUGCCAGGAUACAGACGGUUCGUACGUCUGCGCAUGCCUAGCCGGGUAUGUUCCAACUAGGGACAGCUUAACGGCAUGUGAAGAUGUGGACGAGUGCACAGCGGAGUUGAAUAUUUGCGACCAUGUUUGUACAAACACGGCUGGCUCGUAUCAGUGUAGUUGCGAUGAAGGGUAUGACUUAUACACAUCUGCCGGCUUUAAUGGCUUUACACUUGGGAAUGGCGAAGAUGGCACCAAACCAUGGCAUAUAUUUCAUAUAGGUCACUCCUGUGUGUUAAAGAAAUGUGAGUCAGAUAAUAUAUUAAAUAUUGCUGGCGGGAAAGCGUUGACAUCGGCAACAUCGUUCUAUUACGGUGAUAAAGUAGAAGUUCUAUGUAACAUUGGUGUGUUUGCUAGUGGGACAAGUAGUCCUAAUAUGACUAUAACCUGUGGAAUUGAUGGCCAGUGGAGUCAGCGCCCUGUGUGUGACGAAGUUGCAUAUUGUGAUGAGAUCUAUGGGUCACCGGUCACACCUGCUGGACGUAUACGGUACGAGGAGAAAUACACGUUAACAUGCACGCGACGUAACGGGCGACAACUGGUCCUGCAGCGUUUAUGUGGCUACGACAAAGACACCCGUACAUACAAAACAUAUGGAGACCUCCUUGCUUGUCCUGAGACAGAUUGUGGAGAAGCACCUGUUUACACUGGGGUGAAACCAUUUAUUACACCAAGUACACUAUAUAACAGUACUAUAGUGUUUGAAUGUGAAGGUCAGUAUGUGAGGAGAGGGAGCAGUCCUCUAGGAAUAUUCAGUGACAGUCUUGUCAGGUGUAAUGAAAAUGGUGUGUGGGACUUUGGCACUCUUCGUUGCGAAGGAGGCCAGUGCCCCGACCCUGGUUACCCUGUCAACGGUUAUACAACACUGUCAUCAUGGUCACAUGGUGAUGAAAGAGUAUAUAGCGUUGCUAUAGGAACUGUUGCAACUUUCUCGUGCAACACUCCGGGCUAUGAACCUUUGCCCAAUGCUACAGCAACGUGCAUUAAAGUCGGAGAUACUUUGACUGCAUGGGAUAAUCCAUUACCGACCUGCCUAGAUAAGAUGCCGCCACAGUUUAUAGACUGCCCGGAAGAUAGUUACGUUGACGCCUACACGUCCGUUUAUUACGCUGAACCAACUGCCACUGACAACACAGCCGUGAAAACAUUAGGGAGAUUUCCGGAGAAUUUUCGGCCCGGUAUGGUGAUGGAUUCAACAUCAACUUUGACUUAUAUAGCAACAGAUUUCAGUGGGAACCAACAAUGGUGCCAGUUUAGAAUUAUCAUCAAUGAUAAGACACCACCACAGCUAUUUUGCAAUACUCCUACGGUGAUCACACCCAACCAAGGUAACACGCAGGUGAAUACGGAGCUGUUCACCACUACCGACGACCGGUCAGCUACUUUGUUUGCGGCGCCGGCAUAUGUUACGGCAAAGUAUGGUACGAUCGGGACAAAUCCAAUAGUGACAUACACAGCUACCGACCCUUCUAAAAACGUUGCUACAUGCCUAAGCCAAAUGAAAAUUGCAGCACCGGUUUGUGAGCCGGACAUUCUUGAGGUGCAUAAUGGAGAGAUCACGUGUAACCAGACACCACAGUCAGGAUAUACUUGCACAAUCACGUGUAACUCCGGAUAUUAUUUCUUUGAGAACGCGACUCUCUCCUCUGUAAGUGUGUCGUGUGAAUCUGGUGGAGAAUGGAGUAGGGACAUGCCGAUCUGUACAGCACCUGACCUGGCUCAUUACCGUGUGUCGAUCAUGUUCCAGUAUGUACGUUUAACGUUUGUUGAUGACAGUUGUGGUAUAUUAUAUGAGAAACAAAUACGUGACGAGUUACUUACCCUGACCAACUCAUUCACAGCAUUAUGCGACAACGUUUCCUUAACGGCCUUUGAUGUCUCGCCGUCGCCUAUCAACCCCAUAGAAGCCGCAAUGGAUGGCAUAACUGGUGUUUUAAAAGCUAAAAUCGCUGUGGAUUUAGAGCCCGGGGGUCUAUUAGACGACGAAUAUUUCACAUGUGCCCAAAGGAUUUAUCAAGCGUUCUAUGAUGUGUCGUCAUCAGUGACGUCAAUAAGAGCAUUACCCGGAAGUAUCGAUAGUUGUCCACAGGUUCAAAUGGAUACAAGAAGAGCAAGUCUGGUUGGAGCAUACGCAGUGUGUAGCAGCAACGCCAAGGCAUUGAAGUUAGAUACCACGAAACACAUCUGCUUGGCAUGCCCACCAGGAACAUAUGGCACUAAUAGCACGUGCGCUCCGUGCGGAGCUGGUUUUUACAAUGAUGCAUUCUAUGCUUCAAGUUGUAAAUCAUGUCCCUCUGAAACAAACAGCAAGAAAGAGGGGGCAAUGCAGAUAAAAGAUUGUUAUGAGGACUGCGGUAAAUAUCUGUACAGUUCAGAUGGGAAAGCUCCAUGUACAGACUGCCCACCGGAUACAUACUGGGUUAAUAGUACAUACUGCGAGCCCUGUCCGGGUAAUCAUCAUACAAAAAGAAGAGGUGCGAGAACUAGCCAGGAAUGUGUAGCCCAGUGUAAACCAGGACAGUUUUCCUACGAUGGUCUCGAACCCUGUACCUCAUGUCCUAAGCAUUUUUAUCAGGCGGUAUCCCGGGCGACAUCCUGUACCGAGUGUAAUUCAAACCUUAUAACAUUAAGGGCGGGGUCCAACAGCUCUGUGGACUGUCUGGAUGGGU